GAGUCUACUCUCGGUAUUGCACCACAGUUCCGGUUUGAAAAAAUUCAGAAAAGGCCGCCUAAAGAUUAUCAAAUGAGUUAUUUAGCGAAAUUAAUUGGGUCAAAUGAUCUUUUAGAUGAAACAGAUGGAAAAGAACGAAAAAAACUCAUACAACAAGGUUUUCACCUCCAGUUCCAGAAUAUAAAUGCGUCAGUAGUGACCAAAAAGAAGGAAAAGAAACAAAUUCUCUUCAAUGUAUCAGGAGAAUGUAAACCAGGGGAAAUUUUAGCUAUUUUAGGGCCAAGUGGGGCAGGAAAAACCAGUUUAAUGAAUAUUCUCUCUGGAAGGAGUCAAUGUUCUUAUACAGGCGAACUUCUAGUUGAUGGAAAAGUACCUAAUAAAUCUAUAAGAAGGAAAUUUUGCUACGUAAUGCAGCAAGAUUUGUUCUUCGAGGCGUUAACACUGAGAGAAACUUUAACAUUUACCGCUACAAUAAGGUUAUCGGACAGUAUGAGUCAAAGGGAAAAGCUUAAGAAAGUUGAUGAAAUUGUUGAAGUAUUAGGCUUGACGAACUGUAUUGAUACUGUUAUGGGAGGAGUUAGUAUGAGAGGUUUAUCUGGUGGUGAAAAGAAAAGAGCGAGUAUAGCUUGCGAACUACUUAACAAUCCUAAACUCAUGUUACUUGAUGAACCAACUACUGGAUUAGAUUCAGGAGCUGCCACUGAUUUAUUUGCAGCCUUAGAGGAAUAUUCAUCAACAAAAAGUCUACCGAUUAUAACAACUAUUCAUCAACCAAGUAGUCAUAUAUUUUCAAAGUUUCAUAACAUAAUGCUUCUAGUCGAUGGAAGGUUAGGAUAUUUCGGUGAUAGAGUUCACGUUGUUCCUUAUUUCGAAAAAAUUGGUCUACCCUGUUCAGCCAACUAUAAUCCCGCUGACCAUUUACUUGAGCAAGCUAAAGACGCCGAUGCAAAGAAAGUGUUAUUAGAAGCUUAUGAAAAUAGGAAUAUAUUACAAACACAAGAUGCGGAGACUGGUGAGGAAACGGAAAUGAAGAAGUCUUCCAGUACACUUGUCGAAGAUGAUGAGAAAAGAAAUAAUAGAAGCAAUGAAUUAGACUUGAAGUGGCCAACUGGUUUUGUAACUCAAUUCCUUGCCCUUGGAAAACGAAAUUUCAAAUCAGCCAGAGGUCAACUGCUAAGUAAUAUACAUUUAACUUUUACAUUUCUAGUUGCCGCGAUAGCAUCGAUAUUUUGGUUUAGAAUACCAAGAACUGAGGAAAGACUUGCUGAUAGAACUGGAGCUAUAUUCUUCAUUGCCAUACACACCCAAUUCAAUGCUGUUUUUCAAUCUAUUACUUCAUAUCCGACAGAGUGUAAAAUAAUCAAUAGAGAAAGAUCAUCCGGCGCUUACCGGUUAUCGGCUUUCAUGAUGGCUAAAUACAUUAGCGAAAUACCUUUACAUUUGAUUAAGCCUGUUGGCCAAUUGAUCUUGAUGUACUGGGUUAUGAAUUUGAUGCCCAGUGCUGGAAACUUUUUUAUGUGGAUCGCCUUAACAAUUCUCACAACUAUAUCUGCUCAAGGUAUUGCAAUCUUUCUUGGAACUCUUUUCACGGAUUUCAAAACCUUGCUCGCAAGUACUGCCAUAGUUAUGUUGACAAAUAUGUUGGCUGGCGGAUGGUUCGUUCGCCAACUACCAAAAGCCAUAGUAUGGCUAAGAUAUCUCUCUUUGAUGGGCUAUGGAUUUGGUGGAUUGUUUAUAGUUGAAUAUAAAUACGGGGAUCCUCUUAAAUGUGCUCCGUCCAAUGAAACAGCAUUUAACGUUUGCAAAACCAAUAGUACGAAUACAAUAAGCGGAGAUGAUAUUGUCGAGAAACAGGGAGAUAUUAUGCCACUAUGGCUUAACAUUGUGGCGCCAAUCGGCUAUAUAUUAUUGUUUCGAAUUUUAGCCUACUUGAAUUUACGUUUCAUAAAUAAACCUAACAAAUAAGCUUGCUUAUCAACAAUUUUCCACACUAUUGUUUUAUUGAAAUAUUCUCUUACAGAUUUUCAUAUUAACACAACAUUUAAUCUAGAUUUUCAUUUUCGUUCAAUUUUUCAUACACUUUCAAGAGAUUGAAGAAAUCGAGUCUCUUUUCUUGACUUGCUCUGCGACUCUCAAAGUUACUAUCAUCCCUCUUUCCAAAUCUCGGUAAAUAUUCCUUGAAACAAGCUUGACAGUUGUUCUUAUUUUCACAACCAGAACAUAAAGCCAUGGCGAAUAAAUUAUCAACAUUCGAAGCGCAAACUAAGAAUAGGAGAAUCCCACCAGCAGAUAAGCACUUUCUGAACGCCAUCUGAUAUUGUAGAGAUGCCGUUUAGAAUUAGAUAAAAUAUAACCAUAUUUAGAUGAAGUGAAAAGAGCAGGGUAGAUGAAAAGAGAAACAGAAUCGAAAGAGGAGGGAUUGUAAAUUAAGUUGUGGCAAGAAUGAGAGAUACGGUAAAAACUAUGAGAAAAAAGAGUCUAUUGUCAGACGUCAAGAUAUAGAAAAGACAUGAAGCAAUUUAAAGGGUGGAGGAGAAGGAGGAGAGAGAGGGAGAGAGAGAGAGAGAGAGAGAAAGGAGGAGGAAAAGAUAGGAGGGGAAUAUAGACAAGUGACGAAUAGUCCUAGAAAAGGAAAUAAUUGUACCAAGGACAGAAACAUCUUCAGAAAGAAAGAGAAUGACAGAGUAAAUACAAGAAACGAAGAAAGAGGAAAAAAGGGAAGAAAGGUUUAAUCGUUUUUUUUUGUGAAUGAAUAGCAUAGAGAUAAAAAAUCAAGAUAUACAACGAACUAAAAAGUCACAUAAUAUUUUCAAAUAUCAAAGAUAGUUUUCUUCAUUUUUCUAAACGAACGGCGAUCGGCAUUUGAUAAAAAUUAAAAAGGAAUUAUCGGGUAGAUAAGAAAAAAGAAAAAAAUAGAAAAAGUUAUCAUCUCUUUCUUCUUUUUUACUUUGUUUUCUUUUUUACAAUAUGAAAAUUAAUUGAAGGGAAAAAAAGGGAAAAUCUUUAAGUUCUAUAACAAAUAAUUCCUUGACCUUUAAAAUCCAUAUUCCUCUUACCAAAUCUUAGUGAAUUACGUAUGUAAUCCUGACAAACUAGCUGACAAUUUUUGGGUGUUGAAUUACAACUGGAAAGGCAGAUUUCGUUCAUCUUGGAUGCGGAGACAGCAAACGUAGUAGCCGGAGCGAGAAGGAUGAGGAUAAGGAGAGCAAAAUGCAUAAUUUUCAUUCUAGAAACAAUAGGGUGAAAGAGAAACACACCAAGACACACGUUGCUAAUUAAAUUAGAUCAAAGAUAUACAGCAUAUUGUCGAAAACUUUGAUUUAUUUAAAUAAUUUUUUUUAGCUUACUUCCUAUUCUUUCUUUCUUUACUUUUCUUUCUCCUAUUAUUUGUAACCUGUGAACGACUAAAUCAAUUUAACUCUUUUAUUUCUUUAAGUCUAUAUCUUGAAUGUCUUUUAAAAAUAAAAACAUACGCUUUUAAUAAGAUUUUAUUGUUUCUUUCCUAAUUCUAUCCUCCAUUCCCCUUUUUCACUUUUUGUAAUGUAAAUAUAAAAGAACUCUUCAAUCUGAUUAUCUAACCGUACUAAUUUAUCCUUUUCUUUACGAUAAGAGCAAAACGUAAUUGAUUGUCAUAUAGCUUUCUCUUCAUUUUAUUCAUCUACUUGUCGAAAUGGAACUUUUUCCUUCUUUUCGUUCAAGAACUACGAGAAGAGAGCGAGCGAGAGAGAGAGAGAAAGAAACAGAAAAAAAGCAUAAAUAACUAAAUGCUGUAUAUCUGAAGUUGAAAGUUUUAAACUUUCUAUUUGAAAGAUAGGAAAAAGAUUAAGACAUAAAAGGGCUAGGAAAAAAAAGAGAAACAUACCGAUCGCCGACACGGAACCAAUUCGAACG